GUGUGGAGAUGUUUGUAGUGGGGUGAGUAACAGCGUGACACGAGUGAUUAGCAAUGCAAAGCUCCAGUACUGCGCCAUAAUCUGCACUAGGGAAACAUCAACCCUUUCCUGGGCGACUUCAACCUCUUCUUCUGCUCAGGGACCUCACCAACCGCAGAUCUGGAACCAAAAAUGAACUGGGCGUCUUUUUAUGCCGUGAUCAGCGGCGUGAACCGGCAUUCCACCGGCAUUGGGCGGAUUUGGCUGUCUGUCCUCUUCAUUUUCCGGAUCCUGGUUCUGGUGGUGGCGGCGGAGAGCGUGUGGGGCGAUGAGAAAGCGCACUUCAUCUGCAACACCCAGCAGCCCGGCUGCAACAGCGUCUGCUACGACCAUUUCUUCCCCAUCUCUCACAUCCGACUGUGGGCGCUGCAGCUCAUCAUGGUCUCUACCCCCGCCCUGCUGGUUGCCAUGCACAUUGCACAUCGUCGGCAUAUCGACAAAAAGUUGUAUCGCCAAGCUGGCCGCACCAGUCCAAAAGACUUAGAGCAGAUAAAAAACCAAAAGAUGAAGAUUACUGGCGCCCUUUGGUGGACUUACAUGAUCAGCCUGCUGUUCCGUGUGUUAUUCGAAUCCGCCUUUAUGUAUCUGUUCUACAUGAUCUACCCAGGAUACAAGAUGUUCCGGCUGGUAAAGUGUGACUCGUACCCGUGCCCAAACAUAGUCGAUUGCUUUGUGUCCCGACCAACAGAGAAAACAGUGUUCACUAUAUUCAUGCUUGCGGUGUCCGGCGUCUGCAUCCUGCUCAACAUCGCAGAAAUCGUCUUUCUUGUUGCAAGGGCUACAAGUCGUCAUCUCAAUAACUCCAAGGAUUCCCCAGUGGGAGCCUGGAUCUCUCAGAAACUGUGCUCCUUUUAGAAGCGCUGGUCCUCUCACUCUCCGAAACCUAAACAUUUCGCUCUAACACUUAAUGUUAAUGAGGGCUAAUGUCAUUGAUGAUCGAUGUUUUUUUCAAUUUUAUAACUCUGAAUACUUUUUAAAAAGUGUACAUAAUAUCACUCCAUACAAUUUUAGAGCAAUAUUGAAAUAAAUUCACACUGCUGUAUGAAACUGUAUACUCAUAUUGUCUCUAAAAACAACGAAAUAAAAACCUAAUAUUUGUGGUAGAAUCUCUGUUUGAUGACAACGAUUAGAUUUUGCACAUUUUGUUUAGCAAAUGUCAACAAAAACGCGUUUGUAAGAACGAUUCAUCAGCUGUGCUUCAUUAUCUUUGUAGAUCAAGGGGACUCAGGAACCUUGGGUUCCAAAAGUCUUCAAAUUAUUUAAAUUUACUUCUAUGAACAUAAUUGAAAAUGCUAAAACAUUAAAAAAUAAAGAUGUACAACAUUAAACUGACCUCUUUUUUUUUUAUUACAACAUAAGCUUACACAGGAAGGCCAUCAAAUAUUGUCUCAGACAAA